CGCGGCGCCGGCGGCGACGGGGGAUGACUCUGUCGCGGUGGUCACGGGCGAGUCGGCGCCGGCGGAAAAGAGGAAGGUCCGUGAGAUGCUGCAGAUCGUGGAUUCGGAGCUUGGCGCUGCGGAGAUCACAGAUGACGCGCUGUGGCGCGCUGGCAGAUGGAAGGCAUACCUCUUUUCCUCGUCGCGUAGGGUCGUCGGGUUUCUCCUCGCGGAGAGGAUCCAGCGCGGCUAUGUGGCGCGCGGAGGCGCGUCCGGCGCUGUGGUCAUGGGGGAGGAGAGGCCGGCGCUGCUGGGCGUAUGUAGGAUUUGGACUGCGGGGGAGUGGAGGAGGCGGGGCGUCGCGAGGAGGUUGCUCGAGGAGGCAAGGCAGGAGUUUGUCUAUGGUUUGAAGGUGGGCCGGGAGUUGGUUGCGUUUAGCCAGCCCACUGAGAGUGGUGCGGCGUUGGCGAGGGGGUGGUGGGGGGAGUUGAGGGAGGUCCAUGGGAAUAAGGAGAACGGAAAGGAGAAGGCAGAGACAGACGAGACAGAGGAUAAGGGAGAGAGGGGGGAGGGCUGGUUAGUCUAUGUGGAGCAGGACUGACUGUCUCUUGUUGGAUGUCAUCGGUUUUUUGGGUUUGGAAACUUAGAUUCUUUUGGCGUUGCGUAGGGGGUUGACUUUUUGGGUUUUUGGUCCUUUGGUCCUUUUGGAUGUACUUUACUUUUGGGGAUACCCAGUACCCUUGGUCGUAUCAUAGAAGGCAUCAUGGAAUGUUACUAGUCUGGCGAAUACCUACACAGUUCACGGGU